ACUGACUCCUCAGUUCUUGAACUUACUCUGACAUUUGAUUUCCACCGCCACGACAUAAACAACUCCACGACUGAGACCUCGCAUUUCUUAUUCAUACCGCCUACACAGACUAACACGAAGGCGUAAGCAAGAAGCACACAUUCUAAAAAAUCUGCCUCCUCUGCCUCUGACGAACACCUGACGCCUCUCAAAAUGAAGUGGUAUGAGUACCUGCGUCUCCAAGUGUGCCACCACGAAGGCUGUUUCCGUAUCGUCCGGCCCUGCAAGCGAGAUGAGCAUGUCCAUACUUUGUGCCAAAAGCACAAGCUGGAUGUGGUUAUCGCUGCAUCCAAAAUGUUCAACAAGUGGUGCAAGGCAAACACUCCUCGAGGCGGCACUCCACCACUAGGCCCUGGUCUAAAGCUGACACCGCGAGUCGUGGUUCAAAGGAUACAACCAGCCGAAACGCCACAACUUCUCGAGUUUUGGCGGAACAGGCUCACCAGAGACAGAUCGGGCAACACGCGCUCCAGCGAAAACAGGCCAGAGAACAUGCAGCUAUCAGGGAGCCACUACAGAAACGAAGACUUUAUUUUGCGAGUGCCUCACAACGCAGUUACCGUGUGGAUCUUUUCAACCCACUAUGGGCGACACGAUCGUCAUCGACAGCCUCAAUGAGAACAUUAUCGUGAUGCGCCCCUCCAGCGACGCUACAAGGGCGGACCUGGAGAGCGCAAAGCUCCAAAAGCGCGAAGCUCUAAAAGUCCAGACAAAGCAGCAAACCGGCGCGCAGCUGUGCUCAAUGCGGUCAGAAACGGGAAGCAGCAUACCUGAAACAUACGACAAAGCAUGCGACUACCCUAGCGCCCUUUGUCUUGCACCAGCCCUACAGCGACAGCAAACGAGCUGGAACACAUUCUACACGAUCAGCAUUAAUAGC